AUGAAGGGCGUUAGGGCUCAGUGGGAGGAAGGGCGCAUCGGGAUACUGCGUGCUGUCGUUGGGAUUAGCGUCACGCUGAUCGUGCUGUGGCAGGUUCUUGGUGGAUCUAGGGGGGAUGAUUCAAUUGGUGGGUCUCACUGGUGGGAUAGUAUUCCUCUGCUGAAACCUUACGUCCCCAAUUUUAGAGGAGUGGCCAACACUGAAUUUUACGACUUGAAGAAUUACCGUGGAAAUUCUAACGGGUGGCAGACCGGAGACCGGAUCUUGUUCUGUGUUCCACUGAGGGACGCCGCAGAGCACCUGCCGAUGUUCUUCAAGCAUUUGAACGAGAUGACGUAUCCUCACAACCUCGUGGACUUGUCAUUCCUUGUGAGUGACUCUAAGGACGACACAAUGGGUGUGCUUUUGUCAAAUUUGCAAACUGCACAGUCUCAAAAGGACAGAUCGAAACGGUUUGGGAACAUUGAGUUCUUCGAGAAGGAUUUUGGACAAAUCAUCGGCCAAUCCUUCUCUGAUCGACACGGGUUCGCCGCACAGGGCCCACGGAGGAAACUGAUGGCCCGUGCGAGGAACUGGCUCGGGUCCGUUGCGAUCAAACCGUACCAUUCGUGGGUGUACUGGAGGGACGUGGACGUUGAGACUGCCCCCGUGACGAUCAUGGAGGAUCUGAUGCAUCACGGCAAGGACGUGAUCGUGCCGAACGUGUGGCGGCCCUUGCCCGAGUGGCUUGGGAACAUUCAACCUUACGAUUUGAACUCGUGGCAAGAAUCUGAUGCUGGACUUGAGUUGGCGGAUUCCCUCGAUGACGACGCCGUUAUCGUGGAGGGGUACCCUGAGUAUGCGACGUGGCGACCGCACUUGGCCUACAUGCGUGACCCUAACGGGGACCCUGAGGUCGAGAUGGAACUCGAUGGGAUCGGCGGUGUCUCUAUCUUGUCGAAGGCCCGAGUGUUCCGUUCCGGGUCUCACUUCCCAGCGUUCUCCUUUGAGAAACAUGCUGAGACGGAGGCGUUUGGGAAAUUGUCCCGCCGGAUGGGGUACAGCGUCGUCGGGUUACCACACUACGUGAUCUGGCACAUCUACGAACCCUCCACCGAGGAUUUGAAGCACAUGGCGUGGAUGGCGGAGGAGGAACAAAGGAAGCUCGAGGAGAGUAAGAUCAAAGAGUUCUACGAUAUCGUGUGGAGUUCCGGUUUUGAGGACGUCAGGGACGACUGGACGCAGGAGCGUGGGUCGAUCCUUUCGAACUUGGACUACAGCGCGCUAGGAGACGGCGCAAAAGUACAAGUGGACUGGUCCGAGGACGGCGACGGUUCGGAUGUCGUCGAGGCCGAGCACCCGAUCCAGGCGGACUUCGACCCGGAGAAGAACUGA